CGUCACAUUACGGAUGAUAGCAUAUUUAUUCGAUCGGCAUAUUUAAUGUUAGUCAUUUGACCGUUUAACGGCUUUAUGUCCACUAGGCAGUCACAAUUGAAAGACGAAGUGUGAUGAUGACAAACUUUAUCCAUUAUUUUAAGCUAUGCGCUAGCCGUUUUCGCAGAACAAUAAUCUAUAGUUGUAUAACUGUCAUUUUGGCACUGGUCUUGAUGGGUAAGCGCGAGUACCUGGUGAAGUUUGUUAGUGCAGACAUGGUUAAUACUAGACCUAAGGACGUUUGGGAAUAUGUGUCAGACUUUUCCAACAUGAUGAGACUAAACCCGACAAUAAUGAAAUUUAUAAUCACUCAUGAAUCUGCCAAUUUAAAUCAAUGGAAUUAUACAGUGGAAUACGAGGAGUAUCUGUCUCAACUGCCUUUUGUGACAAACAAAAUCGUGGGUAAUUUUGUGAUAUUUAAAAACUCAAUACCACAUUAUGCCAUAAAAUCAAAUCAUAGAACAUGUUUCGCGAACCUUUAUUGCCUUUAUACUCAUGCUGAAAUGCAGUUUUUAAGUACACCAAAAAAUGGUACUCGAAUAGUAGAGAUAAUAAAAUAUGAAUGCCCGUGGACGCUAUCCAGAUUCUGUUUUAAUGAAAUUAAGUAUCAAAGAAAUAAGAUAUUCGGACAGUUGCAAAGUAUGGAGUUUUGGCAGGAUAAACAUUAACAUAUAGAUUAUUUUGUUUUGUAUAAUUAAAAGAACUAACGUUUAAGGUUAUUCCUACUCUGAAUAUUAUCUUUUGUGUGAAGUAUACUAAAAGGUUGUAUAAGACAAUUCCGCAUUUUCUUUAUUUUUACCUCUGUUACCUUUUAAUUAAUAGCUUUGAUAAAUAACGACUUUACUAAAUAAUUUGCUGCUGCUACUACUACUACUAUUACUU